UCAGUCAGUAGCACAUGAGCAGUGUCGGCGCGGCCACGCACACACCGUGCCAGUUCACUCUAAACGAGCACUAGAAUCAAAUUUUUAUUCCGCACGUAAAUUUUAACAGUCGGUAGAAAAAAGUUUGUAUACUUGUAAUUGGAACUGUGUCUUAGUUAUCAAGUGCGACAGAGGUGUUCAGUAUAUGAGUUGGAGGAUUGGAUUCCCGCAGCCUCCUUUGUCAGCCUGAGGGCUUCACCCGCAGCGCGCACGAUGUCGGCUCGUCGAUGACCAGCACCAUGGAGUCCAAGGGCACGCAGAUCCACCUGCCGCUGAUGGGCCGCGGCAGCAAGGAGUUCAACGACAAGGUCACCUUCGUGUCCAGGUCCUCACCGCUGGGGGAACCGCUCAAUAAUGGACAGAUUGUCGGUGGCUCCCAGAUCAACUUAUGCAACGGGCCAGCCGGCGCGGCGUGUAUAACCGGGCUGUAUCCGAAAGUGCCGAACGGAUAUGGAGACAGCAAGAAGCCGAUGGCCUCCUUAACUCACCUGCCUAAGCGGCCGCCGGUGGACAUAGAGUUUUCCGACCUCUCGUAUUCAGUGAGCGAGGGAAGGAAGCGAGGUUACAAGGCGCUGCUGAAGUGUAUCAAUGGGACCUUCCGGUCGGGGGAGCUGACGGCCAUCAUGGGGCCCUCGGGCGCCGGCAAGAGCACCCUCAUGAAUAUAUUAGCCGGCUACAAAACAUCAAACGUAAGCGGAUCAAUUCUCAUAAAUGGGAAAGAGCGGAAUCUGCGUCGCUUCCGCAAGCUGUCGUGCUACAUCAUGCAGGACGACUGCCUGCUCCCGCACCUCACCGUGCGCGAGGCCAUGUUCGUGGCCGCCAACCUGAAGCUCGGGAAGGACAUGACGAAAAACGCCAAAAAAAUUGUGAUAGACGAGAUUUUAGAAACCUUAAGCCUUGUAGACGCAUCAGACACUAGGACAAUAAAUCUUUCUGGAGGCCAGAGGAAGCGGUUGUCGAUAGCGUUAGAGUUAGUGAAUAAUCCGCCGGUGAUGUUCUUUGACGAGCCCACGUCGGGUCUGGACAGCUCGUCGUGCUUCCAGUGCAUAUCGCUGCUGAAGUCACUGGCGCGGGGCGGGAGGACCAUCAUCUGCACCAUCCACCAGCCCUCGGCCAGGCUGUUCGAGAUGUUCGACUACCUGUACACGCUGGCGGAGGGGCAGUGCAUCUACCAGGGCUCCGUCACCGGCCUCGUCUCGUUCCUGUCCAACAUGGGCCUGCACUGUCCCAGCUAUCACAACCCUGCCGAUUAUGUGAUGGAAGUGGCGACGGGCGAGCACGGCGAGUGGGUGCACAAGCUGGUGAUGGCGGUGAACAAGGGCAACUGCGGCCGCGCCCAGCCCGCCCCCGCCGCCGCCGCCGCCGCCCACGCCUCGAACUAUAACAACCAGCCGCCCAAGACUAAUAACGCUCAAAAGGCGGAGACUUUAGAAAUUAUUGUUGACAAACCAACCUGCACUGUGAUAGACAUGUCCGAGCCUUCAUCUAUGAAUACGGAGAAGCAAGUAGCACUACCGAACGCCACCAACCUAGCACCUGUUACAUGUACAACGUCCCUCUUAGACUCAAGCGAAAGUUUCUCAAAGAAACCAGUCAAAACUGGAUUCCCCACAUCUGGCUGGAAGCAGUUCUGGAUCCUAGUUAAAAGAACGUUUAAAAGCAUCCUCCGAGAUCAAACGUUGACGCAUCUGAGAUUGUGUUCACAUACGAUAGUGGGGCUGCUCAUAGGUUUCCUGUACUACGACAUUGGGUCUGAUGCCGCGAAGGUCAUGAGCAACGCUGGCUGUAUCUUCUUCACUGUGAUGUUUACUAUGUUUACGGCUAUGAUGCCAACAAUCCUUACAUUCCCAACGGAAAUGAGUGUAUUUGUAAGAGAGCAUCUAAACUACUGGUAUUCACUGAAAUCAUUCUACUUUGCUAAGACGAUCGCGGAUUUACCAUUCCAAAUAGUAUUCAGCGGCGUGUACGUGAUCAUCGUGUACUUCAUGACGGGGCAGCCCAUGCAGACGGACCGGGUGCUGAUGUUCACCACCAUCAACAUCCUCACGGCGCUGGUGGCGCAGUCGCUGGGCCUGCUGAUCGGGGCCGCCAUGAAGAUCGAGACCGGCGUGUACCUCGGCCCUGUCACCACCAUCCCCGUCGUCCUGUUCUCCGGCUUCUUCGUCAACUUCAACGCCGUCCCUGAAUACUUCAAGUGGCUCACGUAUCUGAGCUAUGUUAGAUACGGCUUCGAAGGAGCCAUGCUCUCCGUGUAUGGUUUCGAUAGGGAAAAACUACAGUGCUCCGAAGCCUAUUGCCAUUUCCGAAGUCCAAAGAAGUUCUUAGAGGAAAUGACGAUGGAUAAAGCCAAUUUCUGGGUCGAUGUCGGUGCUCUGGCUGGGUUCUUCGUAUUUAUUAGAGUAAUCUCCUAUUUAGUGCUAAGGUUCAAAUUGAAGAUGAUGCAAUAGAUGUAGCACAAGAGAACUAUCGAUUCGGUGACGAAUCGAUGACCAAAGUUGAUAUUGAAAAUGAUGUCUGAAAUUAAAUAGGCUAUAUCGGUUUUAUCUUACAAAUCGUUAUCAAUAAAUACUUAAAGUAAUGAAACAGUACUGUAUGAGUAAUGAAAACAAUAAGUAACUAGAUUUAGGAGUACGAUUCUGAGAGUUGGAUAUAGUUGGUAGCGUGCAUGAUAUCCAGAAUAUUAUGAUGGCUUGAUCUUAAUUAUGAAUUUAUUAUAAGAUAGGUUUAUGCUUAGUUUGAUAACGACAAGUUUUGUAGAAUAUUGCGCCCAUGACAUCGUAAUACUUAUGCCUUGAUCUUUAAAUGAUAUUCCCUUACGUAUAUAGGUUAUGGAAGAUAACGUGAAUGUAUCAAAUUGCCAUUUAAUGUUUGCGAGAGUACUUAAUUGCUAAUUAAUUAAAGACUUCUCAAUCUAAACUGUUUAUUUCUAGAUGAAUUAACAAUAAUAUCAACCAAUGAUGUUGUUGUUUAGUCUUUUUGUUUGUAAACAACACUAGAAACAUGAAAUGGCAACAUUUGCGGAGUCUUGAACAUCUCACUGUACUCAACAUUACUUACUUACUUAGAGUUAUAUUCGAGAACUUCUUAGAUUUAUUAAUUUUGAAGGUUUCGGUAAAUCUUUUAGGUAGUGUUCCAUUGAAAAGUAUUUAUUAAAUAAAGAACUGUGAUUUUUUU